GAUCAACCAACUAGUAACAUGAUCGUAUUUACCCACAACCACCGCCCCUCCUGCCCUCCCUUUCUCACCUUCUAACUAACAACACUCCUCGUGGCGCCUUUAUUCUUCCCCCACCAUUAUAGGAAGAAAAGACGAAAUGCCUAAACGCAACAGCAUCAACACGAUCAGGGGCACCCUCAGCGGGCAGAUCGCACUAGUGACAGGCGCCACGGGAGGCAUCGGAGCUUCGAUAUGCAGGAUGUUGGCGGUGCGCGGUUGCUCCGUCGCCAUGCAUUACUUCUCCGACCAGGACGGCGCCAUCGAGCUCAUGGAAGAGUUCAAAGAGGAGUACAUGCAUCGGUUCGGUAGCAAGUUCGCGAGCUACAAGGCGGACCUGGGGAAUUAUGACGAGGUCCGCGAACUCCACGAGCACGUCGUCGAUAUCGUCGGACCGCCCACCAUUCUGAUCAACAACGCUGGCGCCAAUGGAGGCCACUCGGGCGUCAAGUCCGUUGACGAGGUGCCCAUCGAGGCAUUUGAGAAUACCUGGCGCGUCAAUUGCGGCUCUGCAUACCUGCUCACCCAGUUGUGCAUGCCGGCUAUGGAAGGAGAGGGCUGGGGAAGAAUAAUCUUCAUCAGUAGUGUCGCGGGCUUCACGGGAGGCAUCGUCGGUCCGCAUUAUGCUUCCGCCAAGUCGGCUCUACAUGGCCUUGUGCAUUGGCUUGCGCAGACGUAUGCAAAGAAGGGUGUCACUGUCAAUGGCGUGGCUCCCGCUCUCAUUGAGCAAACGAAGAUGCUGCCCGGUAGUAGUGAGGAGCUGGCUGAAAAAUUGCCUGUAGGUAGGUUAGGAUAUCCCGACGAAGUUGCCGGGACGGUUCUGUGGAUGCUGGAGACAUCCUAUGUCACCAAUAAGGUCAUAGGAGUCGAUGGCGGAAUGUUUCCGCAGUGAACUUGCAAUGGCUCCUGAUGACACUCUGCUGCGCCGGAGGAGACUCGGUUCUUGAAUUCUCAAAAGUUGAUUCGAUUUAGGGCGUUCAGGGGAUAUGGUUAAUAAUCCUUUGGACAAAUUGGCUUCCAAGUCUUCUCUCUCAAAUUACAAGGCGUAGUAUUUUGUAUCUAUGUCUCCGAAAAUGCUCAGCAUUGGAUAUGAGAUCCCCCGUUCGCUUUUUCCCCUCGAUACCAGAUAUGUAGAUUACCAAUUUUUCCAAAAUUGUUGUAUGUGUACAUCGCACAUCUAGAAGCAGAAGACCUGGUCCUCGAGCUUGCUGA